ACUUGCAUACUAGAUGCGCCUGUAGUGGGCGGGCGUUAUUAUGUAGCAUGGUAGUAUGUGACUAACAAUAGCCUAGGAUUGGCACAGAGCCUGGGCAGAGCGAGCGAAGAAGGGUUUGGCAAGUUGGUUAGAAAGAAAAAAAAUUAUCGACUUGUGCGAAUGCAUGCUUGCAAUUACCGGGAAAGAGAAGAGAUCACCAGCAGGAAUUUUUCUAAACUACACGGCUAGUGCAGCUGGUGUUUGAUUGGUGAAGAUGUCUGAUAAUGGGGAAGUCGAGGACAAGCCCCCAGCUCCGCCCAUGAGGAACACCAGCACUCUGAUUGGCUCCUCCAGCAAAGAGCCUGCACCGCAUGGCUCUAAGCCACUGCCCCCUAACCCAGAGGACAGGAAGAAGAAAGAUCGAUCCAUUAGGUCCAUCCUGACUGGAGGAGGAGAUAAAACCAACAAGAAAAAGGAGCGCCCGGAGAUCUCACUGCCAUCUGAUUUUGAACACACUAUUCACGUGGGCUUCGAUGCUGUCACUGGAGAGUUCACAGGCAUGCCAGAGCAGUGGGCCCGGUUGCUCCAGACUUCUAACAUCACUAAACUGGAACAGAAGAAGAAUCCUCAGGCUGUUCUGGACGUUCUCAAAUUCUAUGACUCCAAGGAGACCAACAACAGCCAGAAAUAUAUGAGCUUUACAGACAAGAGUUCAGACAACUACAGCUGUUCCAACACCACUAGCUCCAAGGCCGUUUCAGAGACUCCCGCCGUAGCAACGGUAUCUGAGGAUGAGGAUGAAGAUGAGGCUGCGCCCCCUCCUGUUGUUGCCCCUCGACCAGAACACACCAAAUCAAUAUACACUCGUUCAGUGAUAGACCCCCUCCCGGCCCCUCCCACCAGAGACGUUGCCACGUCGCCCAUCUCUCCCCCGCCACCAGAGGGUGCCACCUCUGCCACCACGCCAACCACUAGCCCCACCACUAGCCCCACCCCUAGCCCCGCCCCGGGGCCCUCCUUGCCACGACCCGCAGACAAAACGCGCAAGAAGAAGAUGUCUGACGAAGAGAUACUGGAGAAGCUACGGAGUAUAGUCAGUGUCGGAGACCCCAAGAAGAAAUACACACGCUUUGAGAAGAUCGGACAGGGUGCGUCAGGUACGGUGUAUACAGCCAUUGACAUCGCUACAGGACAGGAGGUGGCCAUAAAACAAAUGAACCUUCAGCAGCAGCCCAAGAAAGAGCUCAUCAUCAACGAGAUCUUGGUCAUGAGGGAAAACAAGAACCCCAACAUCGUGAACUACCUGGACAGUUACCUGGUAGGGGAGGAGUUGUGGGUGGUGAUGGAGUAUCUGGCCGGAGGCUCUCUGACUGACGUUGUCACGGAAACCUGUAUGGACGAGGCUCAGAUCGCUGCUGUGUGUCGGGAGUGUCUACAGGCCUUAGAGUUUCUUCAUUCUAACCAGGUGAUCCAUCGCGACAUCAAGAGUGAUAACAUCCUUCUAGGAAUGGAUGGAUCAGUGAAACUGACCGACUUUGGGUUCUGUGCCCAGAUUACUCCUGAACAGAGUAAGAGGAGCACCAUGGUGGGGACUCCCUACUGGAUGGCUCCAGAGGUGGUGACCCGCAAGGCCUACGGGCCUAAAGUGGACAUCUGGUCUCUGGGCAUCAUGGCCAUUGAGAUGGUGGAGGGAGAACCCCCUUACCUCAAUGAGAACCCUCUCAGGGCAUUGUAUCUGAUUGCGACCAACGGUACACCAGAGCUGCAGAACCCAGAGAAACUGUCCUCAGUUUUUAGAGACUUCCUCACCUGCUGCCUGGAGAUGGAUGUGGAGAAAAGAGGAAGUGCUAAAGACCUAUUGCAGCACCAGUUCCUAAAGGUGGCAAAGCCCUUGUCCAGUCUGACUCCUCUUAUCCUGGCAGCCAAAGAAGCAGCCAAGGCUAACCGCUAGCCCAUUCAAUCACCAACUUUUCUUUCCUCUCCUUGUCUCUCUUUAUACCUUCCCACUCCCCGCAGCAGACCCCUCCUCUCCCCCCCCACCCCCUCAACCUAUCAUAGCUGACGGUGGGAAGGACAGUUACACUGUCAUCACUGGUACAAAUACUGUUUGGGUUGACGAAGAGCUCCAGUCCCAAAGACUCAUGGGAGUUGUUGUUUCAGCAGGACAGUGGCUGAACUCUCUAUAGAUAGGGCCUCUGGACUGAAUCUGAGCUGGCCACUGAUCUGUUGGUUGGUUUGUUAUAUGUUUUCAUGUGUUGAAAAUGUGUGUUUUAGUUUGGUCUUUUUAAAGGCAUUUUCUUUAUGGGAGAAAGUUUCGGUUGAUUACAGUGUAAUAAAGAGACACCAAGUGGUAUUGUACACUGGUUGAGUCCUGAAUAGCACCCUAUUCCCUACAUAGUGCACUACUUUUGUUAAAAGAUAGGGUGCCAUUCGGGAUGUAGAAUUUCAGUCUGAAUAUAAGCUGAAACUAUGUACUUAUUUCUACUCUGGCGGAGUGAGAUGAAACGCAUGAGCAUUUUUUUUGAACAUCUAAAACCAUAAUAAUAAUACAAUUUGUGAUAGUUGGUAAUGACGGUACAUGAAGGAUGUUCAAUACAGUACAGAAGGAUCUUAUUUUUCAGCAGGAUACAAUACACAACAAUACAAUGUUGGAUUGAUCCAAUUCCCACCUUCUUGAUAAUGUGUACAUUUAAAUGUGAAGAAGAAAAAUGCUCCGGGAAAAAAACAACCUGAAAAUAUUGACAAAAGUUUUUGUUUAGCAUCAUGAUUAUUCAGAUAGAGCUGAAGAAGGUACCAGUCAGAAAUUUAUGUUUUACUAGGAUGUUUUGCUUUGUUCCAUUUUUUAAAUGUAGCGUUAAAGAUCUACCUUCAGCCUUAAACUGUCUCAUAGGCAGGGCUGGCUCCAGGCAUAACAAACAUAAGCAGUCACUUAGGGCCCCAUGACCGCCAGGGGGCCUCUGACUGCUAGGGAGCACCCGACCGAGGGGAGAGGGGGCUCCAAAUGAAAUUGUGCUUAGGGCCCCCAAAAGGCCAGAGCCAGCACUGCUCAUAGAUGGAAGACUAUCCUGACAGUUGGACAACCUUUAGUCUCUCACUCCUGGGCUGUGGGCACUUCAGUGGCUGUGAGAAGAGACCACACAACCCCCAAGUCUCAUCAGUUGCCCAGACUGAAGUCCUCCUGAGAUUGAACUGGUUUAGAACUAGGAUAGACUAGUUAAGAACUGGUUCAAACUGGUUUGGACUUGUUCUGAUUAGCUCAGAUAAGGAUGUUUAUUAUAGUCUUCUCUCCCUGUGUUAUGGAGCCAUAAUUAUGAUGUUUAUAAAAGUCUUGGAUUAUUUUGAAAGAGACAAAUAAAGUGAAGACAAAAUCUG